AACCGUCACCGGGGUGAAAGCCGUGGAUUUAUCUAUCCCCAGCACUUCAAUUCGCACCAGAGCUUAUUGUCAACUCGUCGAUGAGUCGGAUACGGCCAAAUGCCGCGGGGCGGUAAAUGUCCCAAUUUAACAGAUAGAAAUUUGGCAAAUUCUCUUCUCUCCCAAUUCUUUUCCCCCGCAAAUCUCAACAGUAGACCUUUGCAGUCCCCUUAUAAGCGUCGCCUUCCAUGGAAAAGGAAGCUGUAUUAAUAUCUCCCUACUAGUCUCAUAUCGAUAAUAAAGGUUUAUUAGCUUGUCGGCAACGUUACCGCCUCGCAUCGAAUUAAUGGCCUUAGAAUAGAAACGAGCCCAUCCUCGAGAGAACCUCCAAGUUCACGCCUACUCAAUACGCACCGGAAAUGGCCCCUCCUAGCACGAAUACUCUUACGGGAUUCCAAUUCAUCACCUCAAUCAACACCGUGGCGCGCGAUGAAGAUACGCGCCGGAGGGUGCGUUCACACGCCCGACGGCAGAGGCUUCCUACUGGUCCCAGGCAGCCGCCCCAGCAGCCUAAGAAAUCAAAAUCCCAGAAAGAGCACACCUCAAAAUUCAGGAUUAAACCUGCAAACGCUUCGAGUGGCAUUGUCACUAGGCAGGACCGGAGAAAAGGCAGGGCAGCGAUACCAAAUGGUCUUGUGCGAGUAACUGUGGCGAGGGAGCUCUCAAAUUUUUCGUUGCUGGACAUCGAGAAGACUCCCCUGACAGAGAACCUGGUCAAGUAUUGCAUGGCCGUGUGUUUAUCGCCCUUGGAGACAGCAGUGGAGAAAUGGUUUGACCGGGUUGGGGCGCCGACUUACAUGAACACAUAUUACACCGGUUUCGUUGCGAACGCCUUCGCAAUGAACCCUGAAGGGAGCUGGGUCCAGGCCCUUCAACUUGACCAGGCCGCAACGCAUGCUUUCAUUGCAAUGAUAGCAGUCAUGCACAACUCCCUUGCUAUGUGGGGCGACACGAGCACCAUAGACUUUCACCGCUUCCAGGCCGUAAAGUCUAUCAAUGAGAGGUUGAAUCUAGAAGGCAAGGAUAAUAAUAGCAUCUCAGACGGCCUCAUAGUAGCCGUAUCUCUCCUCGUCAAUAUUGAAACUUACAUCGGCUCGCUAGCCGCCGCAGCUGCGCACAUGAGCGGCUUGAAGAGGAUGGUCGACCUUCGAGGCGGUGUUGUCGAGGGCUUUAAGCACAACACUAUACUCCAACGAUCGAUCUCAUGGGCCGACUACUCCUACGCCACCGCGGCGCAUCAGCCAGUCGUAUUUCCGUUCAUCCCACAAAUUGCUUCUUCAUUGACGUUGCAUGACCAGUUCAUGAGCCGGUCCAUGACCGCUAACAUGGAGCCGCUCGGUCUGGGGGAUCUAACGGUGCAGAAUCGUGAGGCGAUCGAACUCUUAGAGCUACUAUACUCCGUAACCGAGAGCAUCAACAACUUCAAUUACGCCAGCUACGAGAGAACAUACAGGGAGCGCACCCGGGUAAGCAACGCGAUAUAUCUAAUUGAGUGGCGCCUCUGCCAGCUAGAGGAGCUGGCGCGAACCCGCCAGUCCUGGAAGAGGGCGGGUUCCGUACCCUCAUUACCAUCGAUCGAAUCGGACAAGCAGUCACGAUACCUUUUGCCGACCGAUAUCUCAGACGUCCUCAUUUAUGCUGCACACUUGUUCCUGCACCUCGCGAUCAGGGGACAGCCGCCGUCAGCACAAAGGCACCAAGCGCUGACCGAAGCUCUCAUGUCUUCUCUAUGCGACCCUAUCUUAACACUGGACCUUAUAUCACGGCCGAAAACAUACCAGAGUCCCGCGUCGCCAUUUAGUAAGAGUGACACCAGACGGAGCGCAACGGAGAGCUGGCCCGCCGACGGCUUGUCCAGCUCAGAGUUAUCGCGCGGCAAGAUACCACACCGAGAUGAGUUGCACGCCAACAUGCUACUUUGGGCACUCUUCAUGGGGUCCUGCGUGCGCCUGCCGGCUGCUACAUCUUCUCUGCCUCCGCCGCCUUCUUCGUCAGCGGGGCGCUCGGCCCUGAUUGGCGAUCAGCGGUCUUUCUUCGUUGGCGCAUUGAAAAGCUAUUGUCAAAUGCGCGGCAUCAGAGGCAGAGGGGAGUUACUCGUAAAGCUGCGAGAUAUCAUGUGGCUCCAUAGCUGGUCCGAACACCAACUGACGCUCAUCUGGCUAGAGAUUGGAGACCAGCUCGGGCCGUGGGCGAUAGAAGAAAACUAAGUAGACAUAAACCAGCAUUAGUAGGAGUCGAAUCACGUUGAGUCGUGUAAUUAUAUAGCAAUAAUUCUUCCCAACAUCAGCAG